AUGCCUACGGUGGUCUUAAUGGACGUGUCUCUGUCCAUGACUCGGCCAGUGGCUCAGGAUGGCAGCGAGGAGUUUCAGAGGAAAAACCUGGCUGUCCACGGACUGAACAUGUUGUUUGAACACAUGGCGUCAAACUACCGCAUGGAGUUCACAACGCUGAUGGCUUUCUCUUCCCUCUGGGAGCUCUUGGUGCCUUUUACCAGAGACUACAAUGCAUUACAGGAGGCUCUGAGCAACCUGGAAGACUAUGACAAGACCUGUGUUGAAUCCGCCCUUCAAGGGGUUAGUAACGUGGUACAGCAGGAGUGGGGCAGUGCCUGUCCCUGUCAGAUGGUAAUGGUUACGGAUGGAUCUCUUGGUAUUGGAAAGGGUUCCCUACGUCACUCCCUGCAAACACUGAAGCAGCGUGGGGAUGACAAGAAGUUCCCACUCCCUUUCCCUUUCCCCACCAAACUGUUCAUCAUGUGUGUAGCCAAUGCAGAGGAGUUACAGAUGACUGACGCCAUGGACAACUUGGAAGAACUGCUUCGUCUCAGUGGAGGGGAUGGACAGAUCUUCACUAUGGAGGGGGCACUUUGCAUGAAGAGUGUACAGGCCAUGUUUGGGAGGUUGAUUGAUCACGCGUACUCUCCCUUCCACGCCGUCCUGCAUUGUGGGAACCUGUCGUCAGACGUUCAGGUGUUCCCUCGACCUGAGCCUGUUGUGAUGGAUGAAGAAGUGGAGCCCAUGCCCCGAGCAGUCAGCACAGAUUUGGAAAUUGUGGGCUUCAUUGAAAUUGGUGACAUUUCCAGUCCUCCUGUUAUAUCCAGACACUUGGUACUGCCUAUUGCUGUAAACAAAGAGGUGGAUGAAGUUGGCGCAGGAGCCACAGAUGAGCUUGAGGAGGAACCCUCUGCCAGUCAAAUGGCAGGCAAAAGUCCCAAUUUUUGCGUACUUUUACAUGGCAGUCUUAAAGUUGAGGGCAUGGUGGCACUGGUCCAGCUGGGGCCAGAGUGGUAUGGCAUGCUGUACUCCCAAGCAGACAGCAAGAAGAAAUCAAACCUGAUGAUGUCUCUGUUUGACCCUGGUCCAGAGCCUCUGCCUUGGCUGGGCAAGAUCUCACAUUUGGGACCAAUAUCAGAGGCUGCUGAAAAUCCCUAUGGAGAGGAUGACAGUAAAAGUCCUUUCCCCGUGCAGCCCUCGGUCAAACGCAGCUAUGCCCAGAACGUCACUGUGUGGAUUAAAGCCAGUGGACUACAGACUGAUGUGCAGAAGAUCCUGAGGAAUGCAAGGAAACUGCCAGAUAAAACUCAAACCUUCUAUAAGGAACUUAACCGGCUUAGGAAGGCUGCCUUGGCGUUCGGUUUCUGGGAGCUCCUGAAAGGAGUGGCUGAUCUGCUGGAGAGAGAGUGCACCCUGCUGCCAGACUCGGCCCAUCCGGAUGCUGCUUUCCAGCUGUCCCAUGCCGCACAGCAACUCAAACUGGCCAGCACUGGUGACUCCCAGUAUGCUGCUUUUGAUCACAACAUUGUUCCCAUGCACACUGACUUCUCAAGCUGAGCCACAUCUGAAAUUUGUAAUAGACUAAAAUACAGCAGCCCCAGCCUGUGUGGACCAAGGUGGAGAACUGUGUGUGCUGAAUGUUCAUCAUCAAAGGAGCUGCUUCAAUAACCUUCAUGUGGAACCUAAAUGAGUCCAAUUGAUACUCCUUCUUUGACACUGCCUGAACAUGGCAAAACAUACAUUACAUGUUUGAAAGAUGUUCAUGUGUACAUAGUUUUUUUUAAACAUGUUCCUUUGUAGGAUAUUUUUCACAAAUUAACCAGAUUUAAGUUUCAUUUUUAUUCACUGUCAAAUAACAGGAGCCUUAGGAAAUUGUGACAAAGUAAUGAAACAGUAAAAUGAGGAAGGGAUAUAAAUAUAACUUUUUUCAUAGGUCAUUGUUGAGCAUAGGGGCACAACAUGUUCUCUGUAUUUUAGCAGUAGCCCUGAGGUUGGUGGAACGGUUCAGAAAUCUGGAAUAAUAUACAGUAUUUGUUGAGAAAGUUGCAGAUAUCUUCAUUCAUACAUAAAUUAUCAAACAAAGAUUAAAAGGAAAAAAGAACACAGUA